UUUCGGGUGGCCCUGGGGGUCUCAACCAGCUGUGUGCCAUCCCAAGCUCUCCCCGUAUCAUUGCAGAGUGGAAUUAAUGCCCACGUCCGGAACACGUACAACCAGACAGCUCUGGACAUUGUCAACCAGUUCACCACCAGCCAGGCCAGCAAGGAGAUCAAGCAGAUGCUGCGGGACGCCUCAGCUGCACUGCAGGUGCGGGCUGUCAAGGACUAUUGCAACAACUACGACCUGACCAGCCUCAAUGUGAAAGCUGGAGACAUCAUCACUGUGCUGGAGCAGCACGCAGACGGGCGCUGGAAGGGCUGCAUCCAUGACAAUCGGACCGGCAACGACCGCGUGGGCUACUUCCCCUCCAGCCUCGUGGAAGCCAUAAGCAAGCGAACAGGCAAAUACUUCCCCACCUCUACCUUCCCAACCAGUGUCUCAAGGAGCAGCCCAGCCCUAGGGACCCUCCUGUCGGGCUGGGGGCUCAGGGGGUGCGGUGCCACUGCUGAACCAAAGGGCAGCAUCCCCAUUGUGCAUGUGAAGUUGGUGUCCCCACCGCACAGGGAUGUGAUGUGUGGGGCUGGUGCCCCUUUUGUGAGUUUCCACCAUGUGGGCACACUGCUGUAUGGGGGUCAGAGCCCCCAGUUAUGUAAAGAGUCAAUGCCCUCGCUGUGUGUGUGGGAGGGAGGUCAGUGCCGGCGGCCCAGGAGUGUUGGGUGGGCAGUGUUUGUGCAUGGGGAUGGUGUGGGGUGUUACGGUGGUUCAGGAACAUGGUGCUCAGGGACAGUCUCAGCGGCUGCACAUGGGGCAGGGUACUGGUGCCAGGGACCUGGCACUGCCCCACUAGGACUUAUCCGUGGCCAGGGACCAUAUCAGGGAGAAGAACUCGCUCCCUGCCCUGUGGCUCCCCAUCCCAUGCCUGCAGGGUGUGCAGUUCCCUGGGGUGCCUUUGGCUGCGCCCAAUGCCAGGAGCAGUGUGGCAGUGAAGGCACAGCACCGAUGUGAUUCACUCAAAGGCAGUGCACUGACCGGCUCACUGCCCAGGGCUGCUGCAUGCUCCCAGCCCCACAUCACCCCACUGUACGUUUCAGUGAGGUCCAGGGCAGCAAAGCCGUGCCAGGCUGCACCAAGCUGCACAGCCCUCCUUGCCCGGCAGCAGCUCGCGUGCUAGUGCUGCAGAAGCAGGGACGAGGCCUGUGUAUCCUGGGCUCUGUUGCAGUGGUGUUUCCAGGGUGUAGGAUUUGUGGCAGCUUCAGGAACACAACCCCACGUGGCAAGGGGCUGCUCCAGGGCUUGGCACAGCGGUGCUGCCCCCGCAGCCCCACUCCUGCAGCAGGGCACAUGGCGUCCUGGGAGCCCUGUGGGGACUCGAUGUCCCCCAGUAUUGGUGUGAGGUGUGGGGGUCUGCAGGCUGUGCCCAUGGGUCAUGCCCUGCCCUGCCCUGUGCUGUGUACUGAGUUCUGCUGUUGCUUCGUGGCUCGGCUCCUUCUCAGUUGAAUCUUGGUUCCGCCUCCUCCAAGUCUCUUUUGGUUUCUUAUUUU